AUGACACUCCCCGACUCCCCCAUGCCAGGCACCUUCAUCCUGGACUCCCCCAUCCCCCCAAAACUCGACCUUGUCGGCGCCAGAUCCCAAUUCUACCGCUCCCCCCAUACGCCAUCCGCAGCCUCCUCGCUCCAUCGCUCCGCCCGUUCGGACCAUGGAAGCCGCAAAAAACGUGCCCGAUACGGCUACGGAUAUGUGGCUGACGGUGACGCUGCUGGAUUUCUGGAAGAGCACUCUUCUUUAUCUCCUUCCAAAACUGCCGCGAGCACUACGUUGAAUACAACUAGCAUCACUGCUACGACAUGGCGAGACCAGUCGAUGACGACAACCUCUCUGUCUCGCAUCGCCAGCCCGACGCCGCUAGUUAAUACCGCCUAUCGCUUUGCGGGCGGUGUGGAUACGUCGUCGACGCUCCCGUUUGAGAAACAGGGUUACUAUGAUGAUGGUGAUGACGAUGACGAUGACGAUGACGAUGACGCGAAUGGGCCGGAGGUGGAUUAUCGUCCGAAUCGCUAUCAGGACCUGGUACAUAUGCCCAUGGACACACCUUCAUUGGCUGGGUCUCCCGUCUGUGGUGGGCGGGCUGUGAGUACGGCGAGGAAGCGGAGUAGACGGGAGUCGAUGUUGUCGUCGCAGCGGGAUGGGAUGAGGGUGGGCGGUUCUUCGGAGGGCGGUGGCGAUGGAGGGCGUGGCUGGGGCUCUGCUGUGAUCAAGAUUGUUGGCGGAGUUGCGGUGAAGGUGUGGGACCUUUGCUGGCCGGGUCCGUUUCGUGGGUUUUAUGCUGGGGGUGGGAAGGGCUAUGAGAUGCCUUCUGAACAGCUCCCACCACUGUCGUCGCAGGCAUCGACGAUGCCACGACUGGUCGACGCGGGCUCGCGGCAGAAUGUCUGUGAGAAGGAUGGUGACUUCUCUUCCGGUGAUAAACGAACGGACGGGCCGAUUAAUGUCCCGGGACAGUUCCCCGCCGCAUCUAUUACUAACAGCCAGCGAUACCUUCACAGUGUUAACCACGAUGAGCUACAGGGGAACUGGGUUCUGGUUAGGAAGGGUAAGAGCGCGCGGGAAGAAGAGGCUUUAAGCCCUUCAUCUUCUUCAUACACUUCAGCUCGCAACAUGCCGCCCGAGAGCAAUAGCAUAUAUCACCACCCCGUCAGCACGCCGCGGCGAAUCGCAGUGGGCAGACUGGCCAGGAGACAGACUCUGAUACCCAUGGCAUCGCGACCAUCAUCUUCGUAUUCGUCUUCGCACCACCUCUACAGUAAUACCAACGAUACCAACAAUAAUAACAACAAUCUGACUCAUCGUCAUCAUCAUCAUCAUCACUUCAGCCGGAAGAACGCCUCCUCGUCGCCCUUCGAACCCAACCGAUCAAGAGGCCCGACCAAACAAGGGAGUUCACCUGUGUCCCUUGAAGCGCAGCGGUAUGCGGCCAAGGCGAAGCGGCGGGAACGCGAGGAGGAUGCGAGCAUCCGUCGGUUGAAUCAGCAGUUGAAAGCGAUGAUUAAGGAAGGGAGGGAGGCACUGGGGACGACGAUUGAGAUUGAGGAUGAUGGGAUGGAUGUGGAUGAAUGGGAUUGA